CUCUUACCGCACGUAACCAGAACAUCUCGAUGUCAACAGCACCGCAAUCAGAUCCAAAAGCCCCCGCCGCCCAACCAAGCCCCUACACCUAUACCGACGAGCAAUGGAAAGUCCACACCGUCCACCCACAGCGAUGCUAUUCCCGCAGUAGAGAAGAUGGAACGCUGCGCCCCACUCGCCCAGCGCCCUGUCUCUCCAUAGGGAAUCCGGACAUUGCGCCACGAACGGGGGCCGAAAAAGCCCGCGCAGCCGACACGGCGCUGUGGGGAAGCUGCAAGAGCGUCGAGGAGUACGAAGCGAAGAGAAGGGAGAUGGACGACGACGUCGCCGCCCGCGCAGUCGAAGCAGGACGGGCGACCUUUCAUCCGUUUCCACGCCUGCCGGCCGAGUUGCGAUGUCAGAUCUGGGCCAUGGCCAUGGCCGACAACCCCACCGGAGUCUCUAUCACCUGCACGGGUUAUACGCCGCCUCAACGGCCGCGGGGAUGGUGUAAGACGGUGGCCCCGGGCCGUCCGAAGAUCUAUGCGGCCACCGCGUUCAUGCCGCCGCUGAUGCUGGUCAACUGGGAGGCGAACGCCCUGGCGUCGCGCCACUACCGGCGGGCCUUUCGGGGCGUCAAUGGCGGCGGGGGCGUUCUUGCUGCCUAUCCGAGUAUUCUCACGAUCGAAAAGGCGAUGAUCCGCCUCCUACCCAUGGAUCGUGCUGAGGACCUCGAAUUGCUUGCCGAGAUCAUUGUGAUUAUUUCUCCGGGCUAUGGUGGGAGGGUGGCGUUCUCCAGGGAGUUUUUGGAACGAAUCAAGAUGAUGCUGAGGAUGGUGACCAUACGUUGUCUGGAUCUUCGGCUGACGAGAUCGAUCCCUCGCGACCGGGCGCGCAGCGUUGAGGAGUACUUUGCAUUGCUAUUCUCUGAGAUACAGGCGGCGAAUCCAGAAUGGGUUAAGCCGGAGCUGCAGGUGGGGCCUGUGCAUGACGAGGAGAAGCCUAGGACUGAUUCGGAUUCGUCUUCAGAGGGCGUGUUUACUGAUGACGAUUAACAGACCGACGACAGACUUGACUUAAUGUUGACAGUCAUGAGACGUAUUAAGCAUUCAGAUAAACGACUAGAUGGAGUGUAAGUCGUCUUAUAAAGACGAGUUGCGUACCUAUUGCCAUAGUCUCAAAAUAAACAUGCAUCGCAGAGAAAAAAGGUAUGCGAG